AUGUCACCUGCAGCGAUUCCCGAGGAGCUGCAGCCGCAGCCGGAUCUGCACCAGGAUCAGCUCCAAGCUGUGGGCAAAGCAUUCGAUGCCCUGCUACUAACUCUCUACCGACUUACCCACAGACACAAUGACCUCAAGCAAUACACCCAGGAGGCUUUCAAAGAGUACACAAACGUGACAAGAUUACUGCCACCCCAAGAUAGGCCUCAUGCGAUGGAGGUACAGCAAAGGUUACUGGAUCAACAGAAACAAUUGUGUGAAGGGCUUGUCCUCAGCAGGCCCGUCGAAGAACAGUCGUUGAAUUCAAUGGAAAUAAUGAAGACGCUCGUUUCGCACCAAAACGUAGACGAAAAUACCAUGCGGGCCAUCGUGGACGGGGUCAAAGGGUACAAGGCUCUGCUCCGCUCCGAUGGCCUGUCCCAAAUAUCCUCCGCGGACUCGUGUCUCUUCGCACGCGGCCCUGACCUCUCUUCCCUGGAGCAAGACUUUACUACCAACGGGACCCAAGGCAGUCUCCACUGUCCCUUUUCCAAACCCAAGUCUCCCCGUCCGGGCAGUGACAUGGCAUCCAGAAAAGACGACGGAGGACCUAAGAUCCAGAUUGAUACCUGCGGUCACGAUCAUCUGGAUCCCAUCAAGGCCGACCAGGAAGAGCGUCGAUCCAGUACCACCCCUUCGGUCGGUCGAUCUUCCCAAGGACGAUGCCCCGUAUCGCGAUGCCCCAUUCGAUACCUGGACAAGCACUCACCGGAGGAGAUUGCCGAAUACGUCGAGCGUCAUAAACAUGAGAUCCCACGGAGCCAUGCCAUCUGCGUGAAGCGAUACCAGAGAGACCCGCAGAACAUGCGUCAGCUGGAUGCCAAGUACGGCGGUCUGAUUAACAUGAUCAGUGGCCUCAGUGCGAAACACCAGGCUUUCCUGCCAGAACGCGAGGCCAACGGCGACGGCGAUGUCGAGGGCGAAGGCGAGGGUCGAUCCGCCCAUUCCACAUCACCUGAACGAGUCGAGAAAUGGGCCGAGGAGGUAGACCCGGUGACUCCAGUACCACCUACACAAGAAGUCGAGGAUCGCGAGAGCCGAUUCGACCGUCCUCUUCGUGAAGUUCGAGUUGGCGAAUCCCCAAGCCGGCCUUGGGGGAUUCCCGUCCCCAUCACCGAAGAGCCUCCCACCUCUUCCACACCAUUCCCCGGAUCGACAUCUGGUCCGAUCUCCCCAGACGCCGUCCCCGUGGAUCCUCUGAACCCGUCCUCUGUCAAGACCCCGGCUAAACCAGCAGGUCGAUGCCCAUUCGGUCACGAUGCUCCUAAAGCAGAACCCGUUGCUAGUCCUCCUGCCCCCGUCCCGGCCCCAGCUCCGGCUCCAGCUGCCACGGUCCACCUCGAAUCUCCCUGGUCCAACUGGGGCAACUUUGACAACGUGGCCAAGGGCGAGACUAUUGAGAAUGACGCGGCAAAGAAGGAUGACGGUACACCCAAGAUCGAUACCAACACUCUCCCUACACACGUCACCUUCAACGGACCAGUGUUCUUUGGAUAUUCCGCCGAGGAGACGGCCAGUCUGAUGCAGCAACUGGCACAGCUGAACCUGGGCAAAUCCUAA